GGAAAGAGGCCGGAGCAGGAAGAGCAGCGGCGAGGCGGUGGCAGCUGAGUCGGUGGUGCCAGAGCGAAAGCGACAGCUCCAGGGGUUGGCAGCGGCCCCGAGAGCAGGAUGCGGGUCCGGGUCGGGCUGACGCUGCUGCUGUGUGCAAUGCUGCUGGGCUCGGCCUUGGCAUCUUCAGAUGAAGACAGUGGCCAGGACGAAUCCUUAGAGUCCAAGACUUCUUUGCCAUCAGAUGAGUCGGUAAAGGACCACAGCACAGCAGGCAGAGUAGUUGCUGGUCAGAUAUUUCUUGAUUCAGAAGAAUCAGAAUUGCAAUCACCUAUUCAAGAAGAGGAAGACAGCCUCAGGGGCCAAGAAGGAGAGAGUGUCACCGAAGAAAUCAGCUUUCUAGAAUCUCCAAAUUCAGAAAACAAGGAUUAUGAAGAAGCAACGAAAGUACGGAAACCAGCUUUGACCGCCAUUGAAGGCACAGCGCAUGGGGAGCCCUGCCACUUCCCUUUUCUGUUCCUGGAUAAGGAAUAUGAUGACUGUACAUCAGACGGGAGGGAAGAUGGCAGACUAUGGUGUGCUACAACCUAUGACUACAAGGCAGAUGAAAAGUGGGGCUUUUGUGAAACUGAAGAAGAGGCUGCUAGAAGACGGCAAAUGGAGGAGGCAGAAAUGAUGUACCAGACCGGGAUGAAAAUCCUCAAUGGAAGCAAUAAGAAAAGCCAGAAAAGAGAAGCAUAUCGGUAUCUUCAGAAGGCAGCAAGCAUGAACCAUACCAGAGCCCUGGAGAGGGUGUCAUAUGCUCUUCUGUUUGGCGAUUACCUGACACAGAACAUCCAGGCAGCUAAAGAAAUGUUUGAGAAGUUGACCGAAGAAGGCUCUCCCAAGGGACAGACUGCUCUUGGCUUUCUCUAUGCCUCUGGACUCGGUGUUAAUUCAAGUCAGGCAAAGGCUCUUGUCUAUUACACUUUCGGAGCUCUUGGGGGCAACCUAAUAGCCCAUAUGGUUUUGGGUUACCGUUACUGGGCUGGCAUCGGAGUCCUCCAGAGUUGUGAAUCCGCACUGACUCAUUAUCGUCUUGUUGCCAAUCAUGUUGCUAGUGAUAUCUCACUGACAGGAGGCUCAGUAGUACAGAGAAUACGGCUGCCUGACGAGGUGGAAAAUCCAGGAAUGAACAGUGGAAUGCUAGAAGAAGAUUUGAUUCAGUAUUACCAGUUUCUAGCUGAAAAAGGUGAUGUACAAGCGCAGGUCGGUCUGGGACAACUGCAUCUGCAUGGGGGGCGUGGAGUUGAACAAAAUCAUCAGAGAGCAUUUGACUACUUCAAUUUAGCAGCUAAUGCUGGCAAUUCCCAUGCUAUGGCCUUCUUGGGAAAGAUGUAUUCAGAGGGAAGUGAUAUUGUGCCUCAGAGUAAUGAGACAGCUCUUCACUACUUCAAGAAAGCUGCUGACAUGGGCAACCCGGUUGGACAGAGUGGGCUUGGCAUGGCUUACCUCUACGGGAGAGGAGUUCAAGUUAAUUAUGAUCUGGCACUGAAGUAUUUCCAGAAAGCUGCUGAACAAGGCUGGGUGGACGGGCAACUACAGCUUGGCUCUAUGUACUAUAAUGGCAUCGGAGUCAAGAGGGAUUAUAAACAGGCUCUGAAGUAUUUUAAUUUAGCUUCCCAGGGAGGCCAUAUCUUGGCUUUCUAUAACCUAGCACAGAUGCAUGCCAGCGGCACAGGAGUGAUGCGAUCAUGUCACAAUGCAGUGGAGUUGUUUAAGAAUGUGUGUGAACGGGGCCGUUGGUCUGAGAGGCUCAUGACGGCCUAUAACAGCUAUAAAGAUGGUGACUACAAUGCCGCCGUGAUCCAGUACCUCCUGCUGGCCGAGCAGGGCUAUGAGGUGGCGCAAAGCAAUGCAGCCUUCAUUCUCGACCAGAGGGAAGCAACCAUCGUAGGUGAGAACGAAACUUAUCCCAGAGCUUUGCUACACUGGAACAGGGCUGCCUCUCAAGGCUAUACUGUGGCUAGAAUUAAGCUUGGAGACUACCAUUUCUAUGGAUUUGGCACAGACGUAGAUUACGAGACUGCAUUUAUUCAUUAUCGUCUGGCAUCUGAGCAACAACACAGUGCACAAGCUAUGUUUAAUCUGGGAUAUAUGCAUGAGAAAGGACUAGGCAUUAAACAGGAUAUUCACCUUGCAAAGCGUUUUUAUGACAUGGCAGCCGAAGCCAGCCCAGAUGCUCAAGUACCAGUCUUCCUCGCACUCUGCAAACUGGGCAUUGUCUAUUUCUUGCAGUGCAUACGGGAAACAAAUAUUCGGGAUAUGUUCACCCAACUUGAUAUGGACCAACUUUUGGGACCUGAGUGGGACCUUUACCUCAUGACUAUCAUCGCGUUGCUGUUGGGAACAGUUAUAGCUUACAGGCAGAGGCAGCACCAAGACAUGCCUGUCCCCAGGCCUCCAGGGCCACGGCCAGCUCCACCGCAGCAGGAGGGGCCACCAGAGCAACAGCCACCACAGUAACAGCCACAGUGUCCAGCCUUGAUCGGUGACAACCAAGGAAAUUGUUCGCUGAGAACAUCUGCAUUUGCUGUAGAACUUCGGAUCAGUGGCCACCUCCUGGAAGAGGCACAAGGAAGCAUUGAAUUCCUAAAGCUGCUUAGAAUCUGAUGCCUUUAUUUUCAGGGAUAAGUAACUCUUACCUAAACUGAGUUGAAUGUUUGAUUCACAACUCUUGUGGGUUUCCUUUUUUUUUUUUCUGGAAACAUAUGCAAGACCCUCAAAGUAAUGUCUGCUUUAUCCAGCUAUCUUUCUUGGGUCCUUGUGGUCAUUCUCUCAAUGCGCAUAAGUUCUAUCAACCAUUUUUAAGGUCUUGUGCAUCGACACUAAAAACUGAUCCAUAUAAAAAGGAAAACCCAAUUGGUUAACCUUAACAAGUUUAACCUUAACACAUUUGAAAGUCUGAAAAUAGAACUUGCCUUUUAAGUAAAAAAAAAAAAAAAAAAGUCUUCAAAGGAUUUAAGAACUGCGAUAACAGAAACUUUUACCAAUCCACAUGCAAGUGUACAGCAUAUUUGUCAUUUUAAAAGGAAGGGUAAGGAGGUUUCUUACUAUUGGUGAUUGUCAUACUCCAUACCAUGCUUCUCUCCUUCCAAGACUGAAAGGCCUUGUUAAAUAGUUUUAUGUGAACUUCAUUUCUUUGGAAUGGAAUAUAUAUAAAACAUUGUGAACCGACUUCUGGAGCUAAUGUGUGAAUUUGCCCCACCUACUUAAUGUAAUUCGCUUGUUUGUUUUUGAGUAUACAGAGCCUUGAGCUGGAAGCCAGAGGAUGGACUAACUGGGAAAAGUUAGGAAACAACAUUAAAGACUCUGGAUGGGGUACCAAGAUCAUAGACAUACUUUCCCCAGCGCCAAAGCAUUUGUUCCCAGGAUUUAUUUAGUUUGCAUUUCUUGUUGCAAAAAGACAGCGCCCUCCUGAAUUCUUUAAGUAUAAAAUGUCAUUGCCAAGAUAUGGCAUACAGCGACUACCAUUAUAAUACUAAAACUCAGAGUCUAAGAUGCAUUAAACUCAGUGGUUGGGAAAAGCUAAAACCUGUUUAUACUGUUCUGCCUGUGUUAAGGCAGGUUUUUAUUUCUGCAGUUUUAGUAGAAAGUCAGCCGCUUGCUUAGCGAUCAUAUUCACCACCCUCCUACUGUUAACACUAGGAAAGUCAAGGCUGUUACACUUCAGAAUUGUCUGGCUAAACGGUGUGGAAAACAACAACAAAGAAAACUUGCCGACUUCAUGUGUCAUACAAAUGAAAAAUUAAAUUGUAUUUCUUGUCAUUGUCAGAUGGUGGUGCCCCCAGCCGGUACCCAGUCAGACGACAUUUGUACCUGAGCAGGCUUUCUGGGCCCACCGAGCUCCGUCUGUUGAUGUUAAUCUGUAUAUUCUUCUAUUCUUUUCCACAAUCCCUCGUCCAUCCGCCCGAAAUCUUGAAGAGUUUAUUACAUGUAGUGUUGUCAGACUUUGGUUCUUGAAGUUGGGAUUGUAUUUAGAACUAGAUUUAAUUAGUCUAUGAACAUGAAGGCUUUCAGUGUGAAGUUGUAUGCUUUUGUGUGUGUGUGUGUGUGUUUAGAGUAUGAUAAGAAACCUGGUAAACAAACUUUCCUCCCAGAUAAUUGCUUCCAAAUGUGAAGAGGCGGUCAUGGUGAGAACCAUGUGUCUAAAGGCAUAUCUGAAAGGUAGGAAAUUUUACCCUCAAAACGUAAUGUUGUUUGGAGCAGCUUUUGUAAAUUUUAAGACUUGCUUGCUCUCUUGCACUUAAGAGAUGCGAGCACCGUUGGUAGGAUGUGUCCGUGUCUGCGUCCGCACCGACUCUUCUAACCCUUCAGAGUCAGGACGAUCCUCAGUAGCAUCCAUGCUUCAUUUCGAAGGAACUGCUUUAACAAAUUUAAAAGUUUUGAAACCUCUAAGCUGACUAAACUUCCAUUUUUCCUCUCUCCCAUCCACCUGAUUUCUCCUUUAGCUGCAUUUUUAUCUCUGUCUUUACUUCCCUCUAUUAAUACUUUGAAAAAAACACGUCAUUAAUAGUGUGAACUUCCUGGCAGUCCUGUUCCAUGCAAUAACAAAUCUCCUAGUAGUUUACCACUUGCCGUGUCCUUUUUAUUAAUAAUAAUUCAAAUAUCUUUUCCUUGGCUUUCUUCCACUUCCUGUUUUACCCUGGGUCUUUCGCUACUGGAAAUUCGAAUGGUAUAUUUAAAACAACUUAGUUCCUAUGGCUUCAUGACCUCGAUCCUUAUGGCUGUCUCAAAAUACUUUGGUCCCUUUUCAUGAUACCUAAGCAGGUAGGAACUGGGUUUGGUGUUUCUCCUAAAAUAAUGCUCAAUCCUUACCUAAUCAAAUGGCAUCCAUUUGAAUAAAAUGACAGUAACUAAAGCUAGUUAAAUGUCAGUGACAUUAAACUAACUCCAGGAUUCAGGAGUUCUAAUGUUAGAAUUUAGUUAUCAGAUAGAGUGUGGCUUCAUUUCUCCGUGGCUCAUUUCUUGAUCCCUUUUAUAGUCUGCCUGCCUUCAGAGGUGAUGACCGCAGUAGUAUUCUGCUUAGCUAGUCUCAUGCAUUUGGUUGUGGCUUAGUUACCUGUUUCAGAGUCUUGAGACUAUUCAUUUUGCUUCUAUUUUCUGUUGCAAAGGUAGUUUUGGUGUUUGGGUUUUUUUCUUUCUUUCUUUUUUUUUUCUUUUGAAUUUUUUGUUUUCUCAGUAAGGCUUAUCUUAUUCUUGAUUAAUAUUCAGUGGCACAAAAAAAUAAAACCUUUCUUUUUUCCAAAUUUAAUUAUUUAACACUUAAAUGCAAUUAACUUAUGAAUCAUUAAUCUUAAUACUUUUGAAGACAUGUUACUGUUGUGUGCAUAAGGUUAAUUGGCGAGAGCUUUACUGCUCAGCUGUUUUGUCUUCAUACCAUUGGGAAGUUUUAGAAACUUCUGUCUGUGAUCUGUUGAUGAUCUGAUGCUUUAUUAAGGACCUGCUGUUGCCUCAAGAAAACUUAUUUCGUAUAGAUUUUUUUUGCUUUUUUUUCCCUCCUCUGCUCCUCAUGUUUGUUCUUCAAACCAGUGUUUUGGAAGUAUGCAUCCAAGCCUAUAAAUGAAGACCACAACUCUUGAUGUGUGUAGCAUGUAUAUUAUUGUCUAGCUACAUCUGCAAAAAAACUUCCUUUACAGAGGUUUGGACUAAAGUUUCACAUGCACAUUUCAAAAUAAAAUGGUUCAGAUAAAACAGCCCCUUUACCUGCCAAGAAGAGCAGCAUGGGCUCCGUUUGCCCCCAAUGACAGCUUGUAUUUGUUUUGAAAGUGAAUUUAAUAUACAUAUGUUGCACAGUAUUAUGACUAGAAGUGUGCAAGAAAUAAUCAAAGCAAAAGAAACUUCUAUUUUCAUGAAAAUAUUUUUUAUCAGUCAUUGCUCUCAAAUGUAAGUGAAAAUAUGAAAUUUCUGAAUACCAUAUCGUCUGAGGCACUAUCUGAUUUUUAAAUGUGUGAUAGUCAUUGAAAAGAAGAUAAAUUUCUCCUACUAGGUAUUUCAAGAAUAUUUACCCCAAGUAAAAAAUAUGUGUAUUUUAAAGUGACUGUUUGCACAAGUAAAAAUCUGAUUUUGUGUGCAUGAGAAGGAUGUCUUGGUUAUAUGCAGGAAGUCAUCUCACAUGCACUGUUUUUCCUAUUUGGAAUGACAAGCUGACACUAUUCUCGAUUAAAAAAAUCAUAAUGUUGCUAUGAUCAAGGUGUAACCACUAUGAAUAUUUUGGAGAAGUUUUAAGAGACCAUAAGCUGGCAUUGGAAGGAACACCAUGGUAGACUUUUUUGUAAAUUUAUUUUGUAUUUAAUUAAAUACAGUAUAAAGGCUGGUGAAGUGUAAUAUAAUUGUGUAAACAAAUCCUGUUAAUAGAGAGAUGUACAGAUUCGUUUUGUACUGUAUCUUGAAACUUGUGAAAUAAAGAUUCCGCCUCUGGUUA